AAAGCCCAGCUGAAUUGAAGAGAAUAACAGAAUUAACUUUGCAAGCUAAUCUAUGAUACAGAUACAUGUUCCCUUAUCUCCACCCCCUCUUUAUCAGUGUCCUUUGUCAAGGUGAUUGACAUGGUGACUGUAUCCAACAUACAAAACCUCAACAGUCAACAAAAGGAGUUAUAAUAUGACGGGGAAACGCUGAAGGGUAACUCAACAACAGGUCUGAAGGAAUCAAGAGGCUACCUCGCAGUAAUUUGAGUGAAAGUUGUGUUUAUUUGCACGGUUGGUUGAAUUUGCGAUGAAGCGCUUGGAAGAGUUCCGUUGUCAUAACUGUAACAUGACAUUCCGGUCAUUUGGCCUUUUGGAUAAGCACCAGACCCGGUUCUGUAUUGGAAGUGAAAUAGGAGACCCAGUAAAGUUAAGGACAAGCCGUGUGGAACUGAGACAGCCAGAGAGAGCAGCUUUGAGGGGAGUUUCCCCUAAAAGGACACAAACACCUGAUCUUAUUUCUCUGAGAGAGCAGAGGAAUAAGCUGUUGAGGCAAAAGGACAGGCGAAAGAUUGACCCUCAGGACAGUAUGGCUGAGAGCCUGGUCAUCAACCAGCUCACUGAUGAGUUUCACAAGGUCAGGAUGUCAAUUGAAGAAAGCCUGUCCAGGAGACAUACAGAGAGGGUUAAUGGCAAGAGGCUUCGGGAGAUGUUUGAGCACCAUGGACAGAAACUGGCUGAGAUCAGAGCACAAAACGCUCGGUUGGAGCAGCAGAGGAAAGAAAUUGAACAGCAGCUGGCGGAGCUGUCUGGUCAUGGCAAAUCAUCAGUUCAUCUGGAGGACCUGCUGCAGGAGCUAAAAGAGCAAGAGGAGAAGAAUGAAGAGAUUCUGCACCAACUCAGCACUCAGAUCAAUGGCCUACAGGGGGCGAAAGAAGCUGAUGUUUCCUCAGACGUUUCCUCAGACAAGAAGACGCAACAUGUCACCUUUGACUUGAUCUCUGCGGAUGGCCCAUUCUCCAGCCAAAUACGAUCGUUGCGGCUAGUGUACAUGCAGUCAGGUGGCUCUGAUCCAGAGGUUCUGGCCCAAAUGCAUGACCUUCAGGCUGAAGCUUAUACCCUGGAGCAGGCCAAAGCUAGAGAUGAGCACAAGAUGAGGAAAAGACGAACAAAGACCUCUCAUCAUGCUAUGGACUCAGACCUUGUGGCAGUGCAACAUGACAACCAGAGGCUGGAGGAGGAGAUCCUCAGAUUGCAGUUGGUCAGGGAGAGACACAGAGGGGAAGAGGCAGGUUCAGCAUUCAGUUUGAUCCAGAGGCAUCAGAACCAUCAGCUGGCUAGCCUGCAGGCUGAGAUAUCCAACCUGAAGAGGGAGGUGGACAGAGGCAGGAAACGUGGCAGUCAUUCACCUCCAAUCUUCCCUGAAGACCCUCUCACGCAGACAUAUCCGACUCUGUCGCUGGAUUCUACUUUGAAGCAUUCCCUAUUGGACAAACAUGUUCCUAACCCUAUGGACAGCCUAGGUCCUGCUCCUUAUGACCCUGGGGCUGGAUUUGUGAUCUUCUAUGACAUGGUGAAGGGUGUGGAUGCCAGUUUUAGAGCAGUUUAUUUGGUAGCUCGACUCUACUCUGGAGGGCAGGAGAUGGGGUGGCCCACCCCUGUGCCAUCUGUCCAGUGCCAGCCUGCUGGGGCUUUGGCUUCUCCGUUGAACAGAAACUCUGGAAACUACUGCUUACUGGCUGUCAAACAGCCUGUGCCAAGGAUGCAGCCAUCUCCAGCCCUCUCUUUGGUGUUGGAGCUGCAGGCUGCUGGAGGUUUAGACUCAUCUGGACAGGAGACUAAUGGCUUCGUUCCCCAAGGCUGGACCAGGCUGCAGCUUUUUGACCAGCACAACCAGGUUCAGAGUGGAUUUUGGAGGGUUCCAGUUCGCUGUCUGCCUGUGAGGCCUUCUCUCAGUCUAGGCCAGCUCAACUCUGUUCCUCAGUUGGGCAACAUGGAGAUUUGCCUUCGUUUAGUAAAUGCUCGUGAUGGAGGUGCACAGUCUCUCGUCAAGAUCGAUCCUAACAGUACCAACCAUUACAAAUUCCCACCAAUGGUGAUAUCACACUCAACAAUGGUCUUGGAAGGCCAAGCCCCACAACUGCCAACACUUUCGUCUCAUCCUUUACUUUCAUCACAUCUCCAAACUGAUCAGAGAGGCAGUGAGGAUGAUGGAGACAAAGAUGGCAGACCUUAG